UACGGCUAACAUGAUACUAACUUUGAUUUCCGUUAAUAUUUGACAAAUAACUUUCAAAGAAGAUCUGAUUUCGAAGUUCAAAAUUAAAACGCCGAAUAAUAAAGCAAAAUUUCGUUAAAGUAACGUUUACAAAGUGCGCUUCAUUUUGAUAAAAUGGACAGAGAAACGCGCGUGAAGAUGAUGAUAGAGGAAAUACGAGGACAGUGUUUGCAUAAAGGUGUUGGGGCCUUGAAGGAACUUUCCGUUGUUUUCCACCAUAUGGACGUAGAUUUUUCCCAACGCCUGUGUAUUCAAGAACUUGAGCGCGGUAUGAAGAACUACGGAGUAAAAGUAGACAAAGAGGAUCUCCACAUGUUGUUUGAUACAUUUGACAUAAAUAAAAACAACCAGAUUGACUUCGUAGAGCUUGUCUCCACACUAAGACCACCGAUGUCUAAGGCAAGAGUUAACGUCGUCAAAGAAGCGUUUAAGCGAUUAGACUUUAGCGCCGACGGCAUAAUUUCCAUUGAAGAUCUCAAGAUUGUGUACUCUUCCAACGCCAAGCGACAUCCAAAGUACGUUUCCGGUGAAUGGACGGAGGAACAGGUGCUCCGGCACUUCUUGGACAGCAUCGACACACCAGGUAAUCCGGAUGGCAAAGUCACGCGGGAAGAAUUCAUGAAUUACUACGCGGGGGUCAGUUCAACGGUUGACGACGACAGCUACUUCGAUCUUAUGAUGCGGGCAUGCUACGAUCUUCCUAACAAGGGCGAAGCAAAAAAGUAGUUCCUAUAGAACUGUGAGAUGCACCCAAACGUAUACGUUUCUCAGAUAUAUAUACACACUUACACGGAUCCUUGACAGCUUCAAUAAAAUAUAAUUUUACAACGCAUCUGCACAUCUGAUUGCUUAACUUAUAACGGCUGCUGUUUAAGUAUUUCAUGUGUUGAUCGAAAUUAAUCAGAUGGAGCAAAUGUCAGAGUUACAUUUUGAAGGAGAAAGUACUGUUUGUGUAGGCAUUUUGAAAAAUUUAAGAUAUUUUCCAACAUACAGGUGAUCAAUACGCUCACUGAUCUUACCUCAGUGAUAAUUCUCGUAUCGCUUAUUUACAUAACUUAGCUUUUUAUAUAUGUUGUAUGUACCUUUAUGUGUUGUUAUGUACACGUUGUUUACCGUCAUACAAGAACUACUUAAGUUCGAUGUAUAAAUUAACCGUUCAUAGUAUGUGGUGCAAAUGACAAACUCUGUUUAUGAUUGUAAACCGUUAGAUAUGUUCUAUAUUAAUCAAGUGUAGUUGUAUCAUUAUAAAAUACGUAUGUUAAAAGCAUAUUUAAUAUUGAACUGGAUAUUGUAUGGUUCAAUACGGAUAGGCUCCAACAGUGUGUGCUUUCUGUGAAACUGCUGAAUCACUUGUGUAAUUCAAAUGCAACGGAACAGGAAUUAUGGACUCAAUGUUCUUGUUUAACUAAAGCAAAAAUGAUAGAAAGGUUAUCGAUAUAUCUUAAAGCAGAUUUCAGUCUUAAAGAACAUAUUAUGAACAAUAAAGAUCAGCCAGUAUAUUUGCCAAAAUGUAAAUAUAUUAAAAAAGAAUUGAAACAUUAAAUAUGUCGAAAGUUUGAGCAUACAUGAUUCUUGUUCGAUAAUAGAUUCAAUACUUGCGAUACGAUCAUUCGAUUACACCGCGAGUGAGAACCAAAUUCAAAUUCACUACUUGCCAAAGAUGGCAAUGCCCAAAUAUAUCAAUGAAUGCAUAUAUUUAUGGGUAUUUUAUUUGACGAUAUCGUCCGUAGAAAACUCCAUCCGCGUAACCGAUUGUCAAUGGCAUUAUUUCAAAAUUAAAGCGACGAACUGACUGAUGAUUUUGUGAUGUUGGCACAGGUCCUCGCAGCCACAUAAAGCAUCCACAGGCCUAACUCUGUAUAGAUAUACUGAUACUUGGAAGAAGCAUUUAUUUCCCUUAAUUUCCGACCAGACUUUGGUCAUUCAAUUAUGUCGAUCUCACGGGAUGGUUAUAUUAAAUAUGUCAUGUUAAAUAAGCAUCUAAGUUAUGAAACACCAUAAGGUGAUUACCACUAAUUGUUUCUUGCGAUAGCCAAUCUAUGAUAUUAUUGAUCUUAAGUUAGACGGUUGAAUUAAAUAAAGGUGUCAGACCACGUCUUAUAUUUACAAAAACAUUGUAUUGUGCUUUUGCAUUAAAGAACAAUGAAAAACAAGUUAAGGGCUACCAGUGUUGUUUACUGUUAAUCGGACCUUGAACAACAUGUCAUUAUUUCAACAAUCGGUUUUCUUCACACACAUGAAAACAAUAAGUAAUAAAAUAGUAGAAACAACGCAUUUAUCUCUAUAUAUAUGUAA